CAUUGAGGUUAAGUUCUUCGAAUAAAAAUUCAAAAUUGAAUGAAAACAAUCCAAAAACGUAAAUUCAAAACCUAAAGCAUGACUUUACAAGCAAAUUCUGAAGACUUAAAAAACCUGUUAUUAGAAAAAAACGAACCAAUCAUUAUAAAAUCGGUGUUAAAAUGGGAUAUGUUGAACUGGACCCUAAACGACUGGAAGACCGCUUUAAACAACGAAGAAAUGGAAUUUAGAUGUGGAAUCAACGAAAAAACGAAUCAACCGCAAUGGGAACGGAACACACCAACACUAAAAGGCGAUUUCGAAUACUUUUUGGAUUUCACAGAAAAGAACGAAAAGAAAUGGUUGUAUUUCGAUUACAAGCAACUCAACGCUUGGUUCAGUAAUAACGAAAAAUUAAGGCAAGAAAUAGAUUGGAGUUCCUUAGGUUUCCCCGACAUCAAACCAGACGACAGUACAAUUUGGAUAGGCUCGAAAGGGGCCCAUACAUCAUGCCACAUGGACUGUUACGGUUUUAAUUUAGUACACCAAAUAUACGGCAGUAAAUUGUGGCUUUUAUUUCCACCUGAAGAAAAUUUAAAGCCCACUAGGGUACCAUACGAAGAGUCAAGUAUAUACUCGAAAUUCAAUUUUUUCAGUCCACAAACGGACGAUUUCCAAGGCAAUACCAACAAAUGCAGGAAAUGCAUAUUAAACCCGGGAGAUGUGCUAUUUGUACCGCACAAAUGGUGGCAUUACGUGGAAAACUUGGAAACCAGUAUUACAAUUAAUGCUUGGUGUCCUAGUAAAGAAGAUGAUGAAGAAAGAUUACAGGAAUCCAUCGUGCAAUUUUUCAUCAAACAAAUGUCUCUAUUGGCAUCUGAAGAAACCGAUGCAUUAUUAAACCCGAACAUGGAUGAAUUAAUUAUAGAAAACGAUUCGAGUUCGUUUUUGGACACACUUUUGAAAUGCAAAGAUAUUUGUAGUAAAAACAAUAAAAAUAAAAGAGGAAAACGAGAACGAGAACUUACCAAACGAGAAGUAGAAGAAGAAACACGAUUAGUAUCGUAUGAAACAAUCCCAGUUUUAAGUAAAGAAGACUUCAUUUUAUUCCUUCAACAACAAAGUAAUAGAUUUCAUAAUUCAAUCGAUGUGCAAAAAAAUACUAGUGAUAAUUUGGAAUUGAUAGACAGUAUUACUAAUCCUCAAGUAAUAAACCUUAUUAAAGACAUUCUUUUGAAACACGUGCGUUAGUUACAUGUAAUUUGUAGUAAUAAAUAU